UUGAAUUUUCAAGACCACUGUUUUAAACGGUCAUUUGGAAUUUAGACUCAAUUCAGAAUGAACGGCCUUACUGUGUUGUGCACAGUCCUUUUGUUAUCCACCCAAGCAUUAGGAAGAGGUAAAUCCGGUGGACUUUUGCAUGGCCUUCUUAGUGGACACCAAGCAGGUGGACCCGGUGGUAUUGCAGGACCAAAUCAGGGAGGAGCAGACCUCAUUCGACAGUUUCAAUCCUUCACACAACAGGGUGGUGGUAUAGGACGCGGUGGCUUAGGUGGAGGAGCAUUACCAGGCAUAGGACAAGGUGGUUUACCAGGUGGUUUAAGCGGAGGACCAAUCCAAAUUCCUGGCGGCGGUGCUGUUGGACUACAAGGUGGUUCAUUUGCUGCUGGUGCAUCAUCAUUUCAAAGUGGGUCAUCACCAUUCGCUGGAGGUGUAGGCUCUUUCCCAGGUGGCCCAGCUGGUCCUGGAAUAGGAGGACCAGGCGGUUUAUUUACUGGUCAAGGAGGAUUCCCUGGUGGAAGCCACGGUGGAGCCAAUGUCGUGCACAGCAAGACUCACAGUGGUUCUUCUCUGGUUUCUGGAAGUAUGACUGACAGUUUUGGAGGUGGACUUGGGUCUUCAUUAGGAGGACAAGAUGGUUUAGAGAGUCUCCUUGGUGGCUCGGGAUUUCUUGAAAAUCAGGGGGGUACCGGAGGAGCAGGUUUCUUGCAAAAUUUGCUCGGUGGAGCCAGUGGUCAGGGUGGUUUAGGAACCGGAAGUGGAGAUAUCUCAGGUCUUGGAAAUAGAUUCCAUGCGGGAUUUGGUGCUGAUUCCUUUUCCGGUCUUCAAGGUGGUCCACUUGGUGGAAGUAUAGGAGGACUUGGUAGUGGAUCAAGUGGGGGAUUUGACGCCUUAGCUGGACUUACUGGUGGUGCUGGUCACUCUUUAGGCCAAGGUUUAUUAGGGGGACCCCAAGGAGGCUCCUCCAUAGGUUUUGCUCAAACACUUGGAUCCUCAGGAGAGAGAAGUUUUGGUGGACAUGGUCUUGGUGGUAUAGGAAAGGCUGCAGGUGGACCUGGAGGUUUUGCUGGAGGACCCGGAGGUUUUGCUGGAGGACCUGGAGGGCUUGCUGGGGGUAUUGGAGGUCUUGCUGGCGGACCAGGAGGGAUUUCCGGUGGACCGGGUGGUUUUGGAGGUGGAAUUGGAGGCCUUGCCGGUGGACCGGGAGGUUUUGCUGGCGGAAUAGGAGGCCUUGCCGGUGGACCGGGAGGUUUUGCUGGCGGACCUGGAGGCCUUACCAGCGGACCUGGAGGCUUUCCUGGGGGACCUGGAGGCCUUGCUGGUGGACCUGGAGGCUUUGCUGGUGGACCUGGAGGUCUUGCUAGCGGACCUGGAGGCUUUGCAGGUGGACCUGGAAGUUUUGCUGGAGGACAAGGCGGAUUUGGGGGUAUAGGACGACCAGGUGGUCUCAGUGGAAUUGGAGGAAUUGGUGGCAUUGGAUCACAUGGAAUCGGCAAACCUAAGGCAAAGCCAGUUGGAUAAAUGUAUUUAUUGAACUUGUGUUUUGAGUCCCGCUGUUGAAUUUUACAAUUGUAGGUGAACUGUUAAAUAAAUCAAUGGUUUUAUU